UGUUUCGAUCAUCUCCGACUUGAGAGCGCACUCAAACUAAACAAAAAUGGCGUUAGAGUUCAGGUCGUACAGGGACGACGCGUGGUACGACGCUCGCGUCGUGACGGAGGGCCGCCGUGGUACUCGCCUGAGAAUCAAGUUCUUCAACUUCGGCGACGACCAGGACGAGUUCGUCCACGCCAAGAACUUGAAGAAGCUCCAAGACGUCGACGCUCUGAGGUCUCGGUUCAGGAAAAUCUCUUUCCAGUUUCAGGACACGGAUUGUUCCCGGGUCGAACCGGGCCUGCUCGUCUGCGCCGCCCGACCCGUCGGCGACGGUGACCUGAAGUUCUACGAUGCCGUUUUCAGAGGGGUGGUGAAGAAGGAGCAUCAGAUUGUGAAAGGAGUGGAAGCGUGCAAAUGUACCUUCAUCCUCGACUGGAUUGACAGUGGAGAAACUGGUUCAUGCACUGUUGAGAACAUUUGCAGAGUGCAGGAUACCAGUGACGAAGAAUUGGAUCCGGCUCUGAUUUCUUUUCUCAACAAGGCCAGGGAGAGAAUCGAAACUACUUUUUGUACUCGGUUGAGGAUUACUAGUGGAGAUGUUUAUGAUCUCAGAGCAUCACACAAGGAUGCAAGCCGUUCCACCGCAGCCAUGGCUCUAAGCGGCUCUGUUGAAGGAAUGGGUGCAGAUUCUGAUUCAUUAAGGAUCUCUUAUGAAGCUGCUCAUCCCAAAGAGCGCUACAAGGCAAGCUUUUCUCAACCCUUAGUUUUUGAAUCAAAAUGGAAUAGAUGUAGGGUAUUUUGAUUAUGACAAUUGUUA